AUGGACCAGGAUGCCUUCAGAGCGCUGUUGCAGUCGGCCCCGAGCUCUGCAACGCUGCCAGGCCGGGAGUAUCAGCCUCGGCCGACGACCAAAUCGAGUCGCUUCGACAAUCUGCACGGACUGAAAUAUCGCAAGCAGCAAGAAUCGACGACAGAUAAUCCCUACCUAACAUCCUUGCCAAGCACUUCACUGCUCCCUCGAUCAGCUGCCAGAGGCAAGUCGACAGUAUCUACAACGAAGGCCUCCGUUGAGACUGCAAGUGGUCCUUCUUUGCCUAUGAUCAGAGGCAAAUAUGUCGACAGAGCAGCUGCACGCCGGAUGGGUUUCAGUGACCUCGAUCUUGAGCCACAAGCUGGUAUGACGAGCAGUGAGCACGCCGACGACCUCUUUGUGCUCGAUGGUCAAGGCGAAACGGGAGCCAAAAGGGGGCUAGACUUAGAUUUGCUUGCAAAAGAACAAGCUCGACUAGCACAGCAAGACAGCGAGCAAGCAGACGACGAGCUGGAUAACCUCCUCGUCAACGACAAAGGACCGGUAGCUAGCCACGUACUGGAGCCAGCCACUCGCAAGCGGUCGCGGGACGAGAUCAUUGCGGACCUCAAAGCGAAACGGGCAAGCCAGGUCGGCCCAUCUGAGGAUCGGCAGCAGGGAGCUGCACCAAGCAAGUUCAAAAAGCUCAGUGCUGUCUCUUCUAGCGUAACGCCUCAAGAGAGGCCCAAGCGCAAGAAGCAAAAAGCGGUCAAACCUGCCGUCGCGCUGCAGCCAAUAGCGCCAGAUGUCCUGGCCAAGGCCGAUAAGAACGCUAGCCAUACAGCUCACGACGGGCCCUCUCGCGAAGCGUCAUCUGCCCGAGUCGCAUCUUUGGAAGGAGAAGCCUCAGCUCGGAAGCCUGAGCUUGUUGCUGCUCUCAGUGAUGACGAUGACAUUUUCGCCGGCGCAGGUGAUUACACUGGCUAUCUCUCUGCCGAGGACGAUAUGCCAAAGACGACGACAGAACGGACAGUCGGAGCACCGACAGAGCAGCAACGGCGCAAAGACUGGUUCGAGGCCGAGCAAAGACGCAAAACAGUCGCAGACGAGCCGAAAGAAGCUACUGCAAUGCCACAGAUUGAGCCAGACAACGUGCUCAGCGAUGACGAGCGAGAAGAGCAAAGACAUGAGCCUCUGCGUCUUCAGCCGCUUUCGUCAACCAGCUACAACAUCAAAGAGCUCCUGGCUCUCGAUCAAGAAGAGGCUCGGAAAGAGAAGCGCAAGGCGAAAAAGCUCAAGUAUGCCAAAGGGGACGAGAAGCCUGAGAAGAUAUUGUCGGAGAAAGACAAGCUCAAUCGAGAUCACCAGCAAAUGACGAGAUAUCUCGAGAAGCGCGAGACAGAUGCAUAG